AUGUUUCGUUGUCUGCCUCCAACUCAAACGGUCAGGCAGCGUUUCAAUAACAGUUUCGUUGUCAUAUUCUUCAUCUGCUUCUCAUUCUGCAGAGCAUUGUCCCAAAGUGGCGGCAGAGAAGAACUUUCCACACGUUCAGCUGUCAACAAGCGAUACUAUAAGCACAAGGUCGUAUUAGAUGAGAGCCGACACGACGAAGAAUUCUUUACCUUCGUGACGCGGCCGGAUCUAUACGCACCUCGCUGGAACAUCGUGACGUACGAUAAGAAGGCUAUCACACCCGGCUACUGGUUCAUUGCUCCCUACGAGGAAGCUGUACAAUUCGACUCCAGUCCGCCAUGGAAUGCUCCUCACAUAUACGAUAGCAGCGGCGAGCUGGUGUGGAGCGGCGCACCAGUCUUCAAUGGCUACAGCACAUUCGACUUUCGUGUCAUCGACGUGCUAGGGACACCUAUGCUCUCGAUCAUCGCACCGCACGAAGGCAAGGCUUUUCUCUUCGACUCAACUUACCAGCUCCAGCAUGAGAUCUUUCUAGGUCCAGAAUCUCUUAGAAUGGAUGAGGUUUCCUUGAACGUCCAUGAGUUCGCGACCGUGGAUGACGGAACUCGUGCACUACAUCUGACCCGUGAGCCACGAAAGACGUCACGGGAGAAUUCAAAGGCGGUCGGGUAUGAUGGAGAAUGUUACGCUGGCUUCGACGGCUUUCGGGAGCUUGAUGUCGAAACUUGGGAGACUGUUUUCUCGUGGACCUCGGAGGGCAAGAUUGGCCUUGAUGAGAGUGUCGUGGACCAAGAGCCUGUUGAGAAACGCUGUUCGGAGAGGGGGAGGCCUUGGGAAUACGUCCACCUCAAUUCCAUCGACAAGUUCUCAUCUGGCGACUAUCUACUGUCGGGUCGUCGUACAAAUACAAUAUAUAAGAUCUCCGGCAAAGAUGGAUCGAUUCUCUGGCGGUUCGGUGGUCGCAAAUCGGAUUUUCAAACGCCGUUCAAGUUUUCUGGUCAGCACGCAGCUAGAGUCCAAAGCCAUAACGACACACAUACUAUGAUCACGAUGCUUGACAAUGCGUUCGGUCCUGGAGUACCCAGAACGACCCACAACAGUUCCAGAGGCUUGAUCGUCACUCUCGAUACUACAGCAAUGACCGCCGAAUUGAUCACGGAAUAUCCUCAUCCAAAUCGAGGCUAUGCCACCAGCCGCGGGAACAUGCAGGUGCUACCAAAUGGACACGCUUGGCUUUGCUGGACCAGUCAUGCACUCGAAAGCGAAUACACCACUGACGGGUCCUUGAUCAUGACGGCUGGGCUCAGGCCGAAGAUCGAUUCAUACAGAAGCUGGAAGCUGCCAUGGGUCGGCCGUCCGCACUACCCACCUGACGUGCGAGGUGCGGUCGUUGCGAAGGAUGAUUCCUUCUACACCAUCGUGCAUAUGAGUUGGAAUGGCGCAACGGACAUCAAAGAGUGGCGUGUGUAUCACACGAAUGAAGACGGCAAGAACAGAACACUGGCCGCAACAGUCGCAAAAUUCGGCUUUGAGACGGUGGUUUGGACGGAAGGGCCAGCAUCACACGUGCUUGCAGCUGCUAUCUCGAAAGACGGACACAUACUUGGGGAGUCGUACAUCUUUCCCACCAUCCCUGUCGCGAAAGAGCUGGGCGCAGCCCCAACCGACGUUCCGACUGCUGAGGAUAGGUCUUGGAUGGAGGCCACAGCUCGCGAUCCUUUCGUGCCGUUUCUGGCCGGAAUCGCACUGCCUGUGCUUGCGAUGUUGGCUGUAUACGCCUCCCGGGCCUUCACUAGAAGCCGCAGACGGAUUCUGAAGCCAUGGUGGAAGACGGUGUACGCACCACUCUCUACUUCGGACAAACAGGAGAACGACAUGGAAGAUCAACAUGAAAAUAUAGAGCUCGGGGUAGACGACGCUCGAGGUCCAUUGUUGGGUGGUAAACCUAGAUGA